AUGGAGGAUUUCGAUCCAGCAAUUGUAUUAUGGAAUAAAUUGGGUUUGGACUAUCCAUUAACGAUAGGAAAAAAUCGUUUUAUACCCGACGAGAGAUUUCAUGUACAGUAUAAACCGCCGAAUCGUUGGCAUUUAGUUAUUGCAAACGCUCAGUUAAAUGAUACUGGUGUAUAUUCUUGUACGACUGGCUCUGGACUUGGCAACAGCGCCAGCAAUACAGCAGAGUCUAGUGGUAAAUCACAUUCAACAAAGGAAGAAGAAAACUUGGAGGCGUCUGUGACUAGAAGACGUCAAUCGAAAAUGAAGAUAACAGAUGAUACAGCAAAAAGAAAACUGAAAGGUCGUGAAUAUUACGUCUCAGUAGUUGAACCACUGCCAUCUGAAAGAUAUCAAGUUGACGUGCCUAUAAGUAAGACAUCAAUGAAGAAUAAAACUAUAACAGUGACUGGUCCAAAUCUUGUUUUUUACGGUACCCCGCUUGAAUUGAUAUGUCGUGCUAGUUUCCCAUCUUCAGAAGCUAAACUUGAUCCAACCAUAUCCCUGGAAUGGUAUCACCGUGGAAUUCGACGUCUGCCAAAUCCAUACAAAUCUGGUGGUGUAUAUAUUACCCUACGGUGGCUGGAUUCUCAUCUGCUAGAAAGUCGAUUAUUCAUAGCCUGGGCAAGUGAAGCAGAAGCAGGCCAGUGGAUAUGCUUGGAAAGAUCAAAUCCUAUUAAAAAUGUGAACUUGACAAAAAUGUCACCGAACUAUCACAAACUGGAAUAUAUGGAAUUGAAUUCACAGUCACCUGCCUACCUUAAUAAGUCUGUAACAUACAGUCCCUCAAGGCUUGACUUUGUUUAUGAUAAAAUUUAUAUUGAAAUAAUUGUGCCAACACUGUCCUCCUCCUCUUCCGCCUCCUCCUCGUCGUCGUCCAUGUCUUUUUCAUCACCUCUACACUCAUCAUCAUCAUCAUCCUCAACGUUCAAUCGUAAAUUCAUUCGACCAAAUAUACUGAGUGAAACAAAUCAUUUUAAGGUAAAAAAUGAUGCAAAACUAUCUUUUGUUGAACGUUUAAUACGUUCAAUGAAUUAUUGUACACGUUUACAAGUGAACAAAGACACAUUUAUAGUAUUCAUUCUAUUAAAUUGUUACUUUUACACAUCUAUAUUACAUCAUAUUUUAUAAGAAAAGAGAAAGUGAGAGUGAGUUUGUGGAGACAACGAGAGAGAUAGAGAGACAAUUUCAAAAGUUGUAAACGGAAAUGUAUCUUCAGCAUAAACUAAGGGGAAUUUAUUUUGAUG